GCCGUAGCAGGGGAGGAAUGAUUGUGAACAACAUCUCACUGUGCUACCACAACAAACUCAUCUUGGCCCCUAUGGUUCGGGUAGGGACUCUCCCAAUGCGGCUGCUGGCUCUGGACUAUGGAGCAGACAUUGUGUACUGUGAGGAGCUGAUCGACCUCAAGAUGCUUCAGUGCAAGAGAGUUGUCAAUGAGGUGCUCAGCACAGUGGACUUUGUUGCUCCUGACGACCGAGUGGUCUUCCGCACCUGCGAAAGAGAACAGAGCAGGGUCGUCUUCCAGAUGGGGACUUCAGAUGCAGAGCGAGCCCUUGCUGUGGCCAGGCUUGUUGAAAAUGAUGUGGCUGGUAUUGACGUCAACAUGGGAUGUCCAAAAGAGUAUUCCACCAAGGGUGGAAUGGGAGCUGCUCUGCUGUCAGAUCCUGACAAGAUUGAGAAGAUCCUCAGCACUCUUGUAAAAGGGACAUGUAGACCUGUGACCUGCAAGAUUCGCAUCCUGCCAUCGCUGGAAGAUACCCUGAACCUUGUGAAGCGGAUAGAGAGGACUGGCAUCGCUGCCAUUGCUGUUCAUGGGAGGAAGCGGGAGGAGCGACCUCAGCACCCUGUCAGCUGUGAAAUCAUCAAAGCCAUCGCUGAAACCCUCUCCAUUCCUGUCAUAGCCAAUGGAGGAUCUCACGACCACAUCCAAGGGUUUUUGGAUAUAGAAGACUUUAGACAAGCCACGGCAGCCUCUUCAGUGAUGGUGGCCCGAGCAGCCAUGUGGAACCCAUCCAUUUUUCUCAAAGAGGGUCCACGGCCCUUGGAGGAGGUCAUGCAGAAGUAUAUCAGAUACGCUGUGCAGUAUGACAACCACUAUACCAACACCAAGUACUGCUUGUGCCAGAUGCUGCGAGAACAGCUGGAAUCGCCCCAGGGAAGGUUGCUCCAUGCUGCCCAGUCUUCCCGGGAAAUCUGUGAGGCCUUUGGCCUUGGUGCCUUCUACGAAGAGACCACAAGAGAGCUGGAUACUCGACGGGCCAAGCUCUUGGCCAGGAGCCCAGAGGAGCCAGCUGAAGACACCUCUGGUGUCAUUAAGAUGGCUGUCAAGUUUGACAGGAGAGCAUACUCACCACAGAUCACCCCCAAGAUGUGCCUGCUGGAAUGGUGCCGGAGGGAGAAGUUGGCACAGCCUGUGUAUGAAACGGUUCAACGUCCCCUGGAUCGCCUCUUCUGUUCUGUUGUCACUGUUGCUGAACAAAAGUACCAGUCCACCUUGUGGGACAAGUCCAAGAAACUGGCGGAGCAGGCUGCAGCCAUCGUCUGUCUGCGGAGCCAGGGCCUCCCUGAGGGUCGGCUGGGUGAGGAGAGCCCCUCCUUGCACAAGCGCAAGCGGGAGGCCCCUGACCAAGACCCUGGGAACUUCAGAGCUCAGGAGCCAGCCAGGCCUGGGGAGCUGUGCAAGAAGCCCUUUGUAGCCUUGGCAAGUGGUAAAGAGAGCCCACUGGAAGGCUGGUGACCACUGUCCCUAUCCUGGUCUCUCCCUCCCUGGGCCUGGCCCUAAGAUGGCUGUGGGUGCAAAGCAUCAAUCAGAUGCCAUUGGACAAUUUGCUGCCCCUGCUUGGCAGGAAUUAAGAGGUUCUGGCCUGGGCCAUCAGCCUAGAGCAUGGGCCAAGGGGUGCCCAGAGUGCCCAUCUCCCUUGGUAGGUCUGAAUAGCAUGGCCAAGUUCCCGGCAACCUCAAUAUUUUCUUUGAAAACAGGAGCUUUUCAGGUAGCACCUCCCCAACCUGACAUUGGUCCAGUGCAAUAAAGACACCUCCACCCUUACCCAUGGCUGGCUGCUUCAGCCUUGGCAUCUUCACACAUGGACUGAUGUCCUGGCAUAAUUAUUCUACUCCCACCCUCUGUGCAAACUGGGGCUUCCUAAAGCAUUUCUUCUUCCCAUCUUUGUGAGUCUAGAUGGAGGUGGGAGAUGGGUAUCACCUUUAAUGCUCACUGGAUUUGAGUUGAGCCAGGAGAGCCCAAGAAGCCUGUUCUACUGAUGGUAAACCCAAGGCACUGGCCCUCAAAUGGCUUUCCUGAUGGGAAGUGACAUGGAAUUUGGGGAGCCAGCAAGGGACCAGCUCAGGCAAGUAGUGGGUACUGGGUCCAGCUGGCUGGAGCUCAGACCUAUGAGGUGCCUGCUCUGGGCAGAGGAUACUGGAGACUGCUGAUGACAGCAAUUUGGGGCUCUUGUAAUUACCCGCCCACGCCCCUUUCCCCCCACCUUCUGCCCCCACCAUCCCGUUUGGGCCGGAAGGAAGUGGCAGAUUCUCUUUAAUUUCCUCCUGGCAGUGAGAAGCAAACAAACUACCACAUCUUGUGGGGCCUCCCCCGCUUACUGGGAGGGGCAUUCUGACCAAAGGUCCCUGCCCAGCACCGCCCCUGCUUCCUCAGCUGUAAACAGGCUGCUUCUCCUCCUCUUUUCAAAGCUCUGCGGGGAGGGGGGAUUCCCCUCUGGGCCAAGGCCAUGUUCCUCCUAUCUCCUCAGGGUCAAGCCCCGGUGCCACAGCACCCCUGGCCCUGUUGACCUGAGUCAAGAGUUGGGUGGGUGAGGCCCCUGAGCUCAGUCCCAGAGCUGCCCCUCCCUACACCCACACUUGCUCUUCUGAAUGCAGGUAUAGUACCAGUGGCUUCUCGGAACUCAUCACUGUCUGACCUUAGGCAAGUCACUUCUAGUCCUUGCUGGGCCCAAGGGCUCUUCUCUGAUAGUGGGAUCAGCUGUUCUCUCCCUGCUUGAGGGUGUCUGGAGGAUAAACAGGCUAGUCCUGUGAUAGGGCACUAUGCAGCGCAUGGGGUCACUCCAUACCAAAGCUGCCCUAACUAACUUCCCAGACCACUGUUCCCAGAGAAGGGGCCCCAUCCAGGAGAGAGACUGAGACAUGGUCCAGUCUCAGCCAUUAAGCUUUUAUUUCUGAUUUCUCUUGCAAAAAACUGUUUUAAUCAAAA